UACUCGAGCUACUGUUUGUAAAUUCAUCAUAAAAUACAUUUAGAAUUCCGGUGUUGACACGACUCGACAGAUUGACGAACAAUCAUUUUUUCCAGCGACAGCAUCCGUUUGAAUUUAACAUUUAUUUGAAAAUUAAAAGUAGUUGAAAGAAAAACAGACAAUUUUUCAGACAGUUAUUUUCGACUAGGAGUGACUGGUGUACGUACCAAGGUUUCCGGAGCACUCGGGAUUUUUUUUCACGUCGUUAUACGCGUUGUGUAAAUUCGAGAGUGGCCAUUUCGAGAGGAAAACCAUUCCUGCAGUUCCAAUCUGCACAAGUAGCAGGUAGUAUAGAACAUACCUGUAUAUCGGUACAGCGGUGGCGCGAAGUUCGUUAAAAUGAGUGAGUCGUACACGACGGUCUCGACGUGUACACAUCGCGAUUCAUAACGCGACGUGUGUGAAAUAUUUUUGUGGCUUAAUAUCGGUAGUGAAGCGGGAGUGAAGCGAGCCAAAGUAUUCCAUUCAAAACUGACGAUCCCGAGGGAAAAGUCCUCACUCGAAAUCGAGUUUGUAAAGCUGGAAGCAGGGAAACAACAACAACAAGCGCGCUGAUAAUGUUCACCGGCCUGCUCGCCGUAGCUCAUGGAGGAAUAAUUGGCGGAGGCAUCGUUGGAUCUCCAGCUGCUGUGGCUGUGGCACAACCUGCAACCGUCGUUCGCACGGAAGACUACGAUCCCAAUCCUCAGUACAGCUACAGCUACAGCGUUGCUGACGGCCUGACCGGCGAUAACAAGGCCCAGGAGGAAACGCGCAACGGAGAUGUUGUCCAGGGUAGCUACAGCCUCGUCGAACCCGACGGCUCUCGAAGGACCGUAUCCUACGCCGCUGACCCGGUCAACGGAUUCAAUGCCGUGGUCCAAAAGGACCCUGCCAUUUCAGUUAAGACCGUCUCUGCGCCGGGGCCGCUUUUGGGACAAACCCUCGUCACAGGACCCCAGCAAAUCAUCCGGCAUCCGAUACUGACCGGGGCCGCUGGGCCAGCGGUGGUGACCACUGCUUCCGGAUCGCUACUCCGUCAAUCGGCUGUACUCGCCGGCGGUCAGGUGCUCCGGCAGUCGCUGGUGGCCGGUGAACCCGUACUUCGUCAGUCAGUGAUAACGGCGCCCUCCAUCACGUCUCAGAACAUCAUUAGUGCCCCGUCCGUCAACGGUGGUGUCGUUGCCACCGCACCGCUGGCCUACGGCAUCGGACUGGGACUUAGGGCCGGAUCUCUUUAUGGUGCCCAUCCUGUUCUCCAGUCUGCCUACGGAACUGGAGCUAUACUGAAGGUUCACUAAGCGGCAGAGAUGCCAACGAUUCAGCAACAGCGUUUUCCUACCUUGGGUCAAUGUCCGCCCGAGACGCAACGUUGGAUAAAAACGCUGUGGCCGAUUCGCGAACAACUUGAACCGAGUAAAUCUUCAGAAAACGACACUUAAAGAGUAACAAAAACAAGUUAUCGCUUUGAAUUUGGUCAAUAUUUAGUGUCAUUUCGGUAACGCGCCUAACGCAUCUCGCGCUGAUUCCAAUUAAUGUAGCCGAUCUGUUAUAAACAAAUUAUAAAUCGUAGGAGAAACUUAUGGUCGAAAGAUCGAAUGCAAAUUUUUACAUGAUUCUCAAGGUGAUGAUGUAGUUUUCUUUUUUGAAGCUAUACUUUGAGUUUUUGUUCUCUGAAGUGAUCGUCAAGCUGCCAAUUCGCUUUACAUUUUACAGACAAGUGAUACGAAAUUCUUACGAAAAGCAACAGCCAACUUCUGACUUGAUUGAUUAGACGCUGCUUCAUCUCUUUUCCCCUUAUUCUGUUUGCACUGAUUCUUCCUCCCUCGAUGCGCACGAAUUGUCUAACAACUCUAAUUGCUUUUUAAAAACUGAGUAUCUUCUCAUCUGGCACACGUGAGUUUACACCCACUGGCACGUGUGCAAUGGACGUGGAUAUAUCUAAUCAAGUCUUAACACUAGCGUUCUUUGACACGUAAUGUUUACCCCGGACGGUGUAUUUUCUCGGUGGCAGCUCUGUAGAGUCGGUAA